GCAGUCUAAAGAUGGCAGCCCCCAUGUGGAAAACAAUUCCGUGUAAAAUUGCAGAGCUUCGUUUAGAUCUCACACUAGCUUGUGGACAGUCUUUCAGAUGGAAGGAAUAUAUGCCAGGUAUUUACACAGGGGUUAUUGGCAAUGGAGUGUGGCAGUUACAUCAGACAGAUACAGAACUGUUCUAUAAGGUUUAUAGAAAUAAAGAUGAUGUUAAGGCAGAAUUAGGAGAUGCUGUGGACAUUAAACAAGAGAUAAAAACAGAACCAGACUUGGAUACAGUUGUUCCUGCAAAGAAAAGAAAGAAAGAAAAUUCCAAGAUGCACUGCAUAAAGAAAGAACCUGUGGACAAUUUAAUACCAAAAGUAAAGAAGGAUCUGGAAACAAUGAAUUCACAUUGUCUUAAAUCAUUUCCACCUGUACAUAACAAUUCCAGUGUUGAACAAGAAACUGAUAGCGAUGAUCAUGUUUUAAAAGAUUAUUUUCAGCUAGAUAUUAAAUUGGAAGAAAUGUAUAAAUCUUGGUCAAAAGCCGACCAACAUUUUUCAAAGAUAUCAAAAGAAUUUACUGGCAUUCGGAUGCUUAGACAAGAACCUGUAGAGUGCCUAUUUUCAUUUAUUUGUUCGUCGAAUAACAACAUUUCUAGAAUUACUUCUAUGGUAGACAAGUUGGCAAAGCACUAUGGACGUAAGAUAUUAGUUUCCAAUUGUGUGGACGGAGAAGAAUUUUAUAUAUUUCCAAAGGUUGAAGCAUUAGCUGCAGAAGGAGUGGAAGAAAACUUACGAAAGUUGGGCUUUGGAUAUAGGGCAAAAUACAUACAGCAAUCGGCUAGAUAUAUUCAAGAAAAUGGUGGAGAAGAUUGGCUGUAUACAAUGCGUAGCAUGGAAUAUAAAGAUGCUAAGAAAAACCUCAUGAAGUUGUGUGGAGUUGGUGCCAAGGUAGCAGAUUGUGUAGCUCUGAUGUGUUUAGACCAGCCAGGUUCAAUCCCCGUUGACACCCAUGUAUGGCAGAUUGCCGCCAGGGACUACAUGCCUAAAUUGAAGCAGGCGAAGUCACUAAAUGAGAAGCUGUAUGAAGAGAUAGGAGAUUACUUUAGAGAUUUGUGGGGCCCUUAUGCAGGCUGGGCACAUAGUGUACUAUUUACUGCUGAUCUGAAACAGUUUAAAAAUGGAACAAAAGAGUCCCCAAAAAAGGCUGUGAAGAGAAAAGGCAAGGACAGUACUAAAGAGGAAAAAAAGAAAUCUAAAUCAAAGUGAAUGUUGAUCAAACACAUUACAUGUAAAGGGACAGUUGGAAACCUUAAACAAAAUGAAAAUUGUGCUAAGGAACAGUCAAAAUCCUAGGCUAAAUGAGGGUUUUCACAGACAGAAUUCCAUGGAACGAAUGCAAAAGGUUGAUUUAGCCUCGUUAAUGAAAUUCAACGAAGAUUAAUUCAAAAUCUAAGGAAAAUGAGGGAGGAACUGUUAGAAAUCUAAGGAAAAUAAGCGAGGAACUGUUAAAAAUCUAAGGAAAUUAAGCGAGGAACUGUUAAAAAUCUAAGGAAAAUAAGCAAGGAACUGUUGAAAAUCUAAGGAAAAUAAGCAAGGAACUGUUAGAAAUCUAAGGAAAAUAAGCGAGGAACUGUUAGAAAUCUAAGGAAAAUAAGCUAGGAACUGUUAAAAAUCUAAGGAAAAUAAGCGAGGAACUGUUAGAAAUCUAAGGAAAAUAAGCGAGGAACUGUUAAAAAUCUAAGGAAAAUAAGCGAGGAACUGUUAAAAAUCUAAGGAAAAUAAGCGAAGAACUGUUAGAAAUCUAAGGAAAAUAAGCGAGGAACUGUUAAAAAUCUAAGGAAAAUAAGCGAGGAACUGUUAGAAAUCUAAGGAAAAUAAGCGAGGAACUGUUAGAAAUCUAAGGAAAAAGUAGAAUCAGGCAGAUAAAAUAACAAGGAACUGUUAUAAAUUUUAAGCUAGAUGAAAAUUUGUCCAAGGAACAGAUACAUAGCUCAGGCAGCUGAACCAAUACAGUGACAAAAUAAAAAUGGAACAUUUAGAAAUCUAUGGCAAAAUGAACAUCGGACAGACGAAAUUCCAAGGAAUUGUAUAUAAUCUAAGGCAAAAUAACUGGCACUUAGAAAUAUUAGACAAAAUGAGAUAUGGCUGAUAGAAUUACAAGAAACUUUUAGAAAUCUAAAAAAAAACCAUUUAAACAGACAAUUUCCAAUGAAAAGCAAUAGAAAAUCUAAGGUAAAAUGAAUCUUUUACAGGCAAAUUUACAAGGUAUAGUGUAAAAAAAUCUAAAAUUGAAUUAGCAUAUUGCAGACUAAUUUCCAAAUAUUUGCUUGAAAUCUAAGGCAAAAUGAGUAUAGCUCAAACACAAUUCUUAAAGGAACUCCACUGAGGUCCAAAAGCAUAAAAAUAUAAAUUUAAUAUUUCUUUCAUAGAUCAACUAGGGCACUUAAAUGGGAAAGAUAUGCAAAGAAAAUAUAAUAAAUAUACUCGGAAAUAUAUUGAAAAUUGUAUUUUUGCUAUUUUUAGCCCGAUUUGAGAUAACAGCGUUGCAACGCUUUUCAAUUUGUGGCCAUUUUUAACAAUUUGAAUAAUUAUUCUGGAAGCAAA